AUGAUAGAUGACGACAUAGAGGAAAACACGACGAAAUGCAUGUGCGCCGAUCUGCAGACGGAGGACUACUCGCCGCUCUACGCCAAGUACAAUCUGGCGCUUAUCAUCAUUGCCUUGCCGCCGCUGUCACUAUUCGGAGUCUGUACGAAUGUCGUCAAUAUCUAUGUGUAUUCUCGAGAGAGCAAAAAAGAGAAUAAGUUUUUUGAUAUGAAGACGGGAAACAUUUUUAGAAUGCGAAACUCGGCCAACACCUACUUGUUAUUUCUCGCUUGCAGCGAUUUCUUGGUGAUAUUGACAGGUCUCUUCAUAUUUUGGAUUGCCGCCAGUGUUUAUGCGGAUAAUCUUCAGCUGUCACUGAAUUCAGACUCGGCGCGAUCGUACAUUCCGGAGCUGGCGAGAGCUCCGUACACUACCGUGUACAUACUGCCGUUCGGCUACAUGGCUCAGACGUGCAGCAUAUACUUCACCGUAGCGGCGGCCUUCGACUGCUACACAAACGUCUGCCUGAAAUCGUUCUCCAAGACCUACUGUACCAUUCGCAGAGCGAAACAAAUUUGUUUCACUGUGAUGGUUGCGUCCAUCGUUUACAAUUCGUUGAGAUUCCCACAGUUCAAUUUGCGCAAGUGCCUUCACGAUACUAGCGGUGACCAAGUCAUCGAAAUCUGUCCGACUUCCUUGUUUUUCACCAUAAAUGUGGCAUACAAUGUGUACUUGUACAUGGUGCUGAUGACUCUUUUGCCGUUUCUCUUUCUUCUUUGCCUUAACACCAUCAUCGUCUGGCGGCAGAGCACUGACACAAGCCGACAAAAUGAAGUAUGCUGUUGCAGUUCCAAAGUGCACUCUGCUCAUGCGUUGCUCCAUCCGCCGCCCAGUAGCUCAAGUGGUGGUGACGAGACGAUCACCAUGAUCAUGGUCGUCAUUCUCUUCCUCGCUUGCAAUACUCUAGCAAACCAAGAAAAUGCCGUUGUCGCGGCUCUGAUUGUUAACUUGAUCGAAACGUUCUUCGAUCCGGACCCGCUACUUCUCAAUCUGCUUUCGGAUGCGAGCAAUUUUCUGGUCGUCCUCAACUCUUCUGUGAACUGUGUUAUCUACUUUGUCUUCAACAACAUAUAUCGUGAAAUCUUCAUGUUAGUUGAUUGA